CCUUUGACCUGUUUGUUGCAUUCCAAAGAGGCUUGUCCCUGCAGCAGCAGCAGCACCAGCCCUGCACUCACACUCACACUGCUCCUGUGCUCCAGAAAAGACGAUGCGUGUUGAGCUAGUUUAAGACCGAGGCACUGGAACACGAGAGUAGCGAGGAUUACCACAGGCUAGCCGACACCGUAGCACCGCAUCGCCCCGAGAUAUAAAGGAACGUCUUGUUCUGGGUCUGCACAGUUAGUUAACCUAGAACGUAGUUAGCCAUUUUUUUUUUUUUGCUAAGCAGCUAAACCGCCAUCGCAUUGAGGUUUUGCUUUUGUAGACACACAGCAGGAUCGCCGCAGACAUCAGCGCAGAGGAAAUGAAGGACAAACAAAAGAGAAAGAAGGAGCGGACCUGGGCUGAGGCAGCUCGCAUGGUUUUGGAAAACUUCUCGGAUGCACCCAUGACUCCCAAACAAAUCCUCCAUGUCAUCCAGACCAAGGGGCUGAAGGAAAUGCGGAGUGGUACAGCACCCUUGGCCUGCCUGGUCACCAUGCUGCACUCCCAAGUGAGGGGAGACCGAGUCAAGAACAGCAUCUUCUUCAAGCUGCCUGGACGGAUGAGCCUGUUCACUCUCAAGAAAAACGCCCUCCAGUGGACAAAGACAACGUCGGAGUCAGAGACGCCAGCAGAGGCGGCCAGCAGCACUGCCGGCCCAGCUUCCAGCAGCAGCACACCUGCAGCAGGCACGGCGGCGGCCUCGGCCGGCCCCACCGAAGCCACUGAGCAGGAAAGCUGCGACUCCACUGAGACCACUGCUGCCGCCAGUGGAGACAACGAUGCCUCGGUGGAUGAGAGCUCGUCCAGCGCAUCCUGCUCCACAGAGCUGCAGCCUCUCAGCACCCAGCCCCAGACCCGCCUCAGCAGGGCAGCAGUACAGCAAGGACGCACAGACACACAGCAAACGCAAAAUGCUCAACACACCCAGACCAGGCUGAGCCGCUCAAGACAGUCGGGGAGGCAGAGAAAAAAAGCAGUCAUGAUGCCUCGUGUUGUCCUAACCCCUCUUAAAGUGAAUGGAGAGCACGUCCCAUCAGGGCCCAUGAAGAGGAGUCGGGGAGGGGUGGAUGUAGACUUUGAAACCCCAGGCUCCAUCCUGGUCAACACCAACAUUAGAGCCCUCAUCAACGUGCGGACCUUUUCGGCCUUCCCCACGCACUCGCAACAGCAGCUGCUGCAGCUGCUUCCAGAGGUGGACCGUCAGAUUGGAACAGAUGGUAUGGCUAGACUGAGUAGCUCAGCUCUCAACAAUGAGUUCUUCACCCAUGCCUCCCAGAGCUGGAAAGAAAGGCUGGCGGAGGGUGAGUUCACCCACGAGAUGCAGGUGCGUUUCCGGCAGGAAAUGGAAAAAGAGAAGAAGGUAGAGGCGUGGAAGGAAAAGUUUUUUGAGGAGUACCAUGGGCAAAAGUCUGGCCUGACACAAGAGGAGUCUCUAAAGCUUACCAUGAGUGAAGCCAGUGAAGUUGCAGCCAGUGUGCUGGAGAGUGAUGUGGCAACUGGUACGCCCAAGAGACGCAGCGUGGGUCGGCGGAGGAGAGAUGGCAGGAUGAGGAGACGCACGCGGGCUGACCUGCGUCGGCGGGCCCGCCGGACCCUCUGCAAGGCCACUCCUCCGGCCCUGCAGUCUGCAGAAGCGGCUGAGGCCAGUGCUGCACUAGACAGCCCGGCAGUAUCUAUUGGCUCUCCGAUGUCAGACGACACGGUCGUUCAAGGGGAGGUGGUCCUGCAGGCUGAGUGUGGCGUGGAGCUCCCAGCUGAGAGCGCCUCCAUAGAGCCAAAGCCCUCUCCCACUCCAGAGCCAGUCACAUUGCCAGCCUCAACUCCCACUCCCACUCCCACUCCCACUCCAACUCCCACUCCCACUCCCAGCCCCAGCCCCAGCCCCAGCCCAGCCUCCACCAGCACAAACGAGGAGCCUGAAGCAGCGGCCCGCCUGCUCCCAGUGGAGAUUCCACCUGUACUGGCAUCCACCUCCUCACCAUCUUCUUCCUCCUCCUCCUCCUCCUCCUCCUCUUCUUCUUCAUCUGCCUCCUCGCCUGUUUCCUCACCCUCCUCACCUUCUGAUAGACAGGGAGUGUUUGCCGCAGGCCUGGACUCUUCUUCAUCCUCCUCAGCGUCCUCCAGUGCCGCAGUCGCUGCCGAUCCGCUGGAUGACACCGCCUCUGUGGUCACCUCUAUUACAGGAGGUACCGCCACCAGCAGCCGUGAGAGUAGCCCCUCAGCCAGCCCAGCCACCACCCCUGUGCCCAGUGCUCAGCUCAAGGAGCAGAAGAGAAGGCCAGAUGAGACUCAGGCCUUCUCCAGCUUCCCCGAAAAGAGGCCGCGGCUUGACGACCGUCAGUCCUUUCGUACCACAAUUGACAGUGUCCGUUCAGAGAAGCCGCAGCCGACAGCAGAGGAGCCCAAGGUGCCGCCAAUCCGGAUUCAACUGUCCAGAAUCAAACCUCCCUGGGUCAAAGGUCACCCCACCUACCAGAUCUGUCCCCGGAUCGUGCCCCCCGGCGAGGGCUCGCGGCGGUCUGGCACGGGGGGCGCGCGCACCUUGGCGGACAUCAAAGCCCGUGCCCAGCAAGCCCGGGCCCAGCGCGAGGCCGCUGCUGCUGUUGCAGCCACUGGCGAAGGGGCAGGGCCGGCCGGCGUCAGGCUGCGGACUUCUUCUGGGCUACCGGAUAGCACCAAUGGAAGACGAGCCAGAGAGCAUCCAGGACCUAUCGAGCCAGGAGGAGGAGGAGGAGGAGGUGGAAGAAGGGGAGGUGGUGGGAUGGAGGAGCAGGGAUCGUCUACAGGCACAAAUUCGUCUGGAACACAACUACAGCUUCUCAAUGUAGAGCCAACGCUACAGCCAUCCCCUUCCCUGUCCACUUCCUCAACCUCCAUGUCCUUGGAGCCCCCACAGACCCCAAGCCCUCCUCGAGGGGAAGCAGCUGGGGGGUCAGAGGCUGGAGAGGAGGUAGAAGCAACGCCAGCAAGUGUCCAGAGUUCCUUCAAUGGACUCGCAGACAAAGCAGCCGAUUCGCCUUCCCCAAAGCCUGAGUUGCCUGAGUCUGCUACUGCCCCCGCAGAAAUGGCUGACCAGGGUUCUGAAAAACCCCCACUGGCCCCAACCUCCAUUCCAGACUCCCUUCCCAGGUUCGGGGCUCAGGGUGUGGAUGUUAUUCAGACGUUGGCAAGCUCCUUUCAGUCCAAAGAGCAGGUCCAAGUGAAGGAGGCUGGGCUUUGUGGAGUUAUCCAGCAUAGUUCCUACCACGUUGAACACAAGGAGGUAUUCUCUCCCUCAGCUGCAGAGAGACAGCAAACGGACGCAUCCUUUCCCCAAAAUGCGGACUCUGGUGGAGAGAAAGACGACGAGGCUGGGACACAUAGCGACUCCACGGAAACGGCGUCAGACUGUGAGAAUGACAUCCAGGAGGAUGAGCAGCAGCAGCCUGACCAGGACUGGUGCCCCCAAGUGAGCAUCAAGAGAAACGGCCAGCUGGUCAUCUGCAGCCCUCCUCCUCAGAACCAGCAGCCAGUCAUCCAGGCCUACGUGUCCAGCCGUCAAGGUCCGACUGUUAUUCAGCCCUGCUUCCCCAACGGCCUGCCUCACCCUCAGCACAGCGGCCCUCAUUCUAAGGACCAUCAGUCCCUCCCCACAGCCCACCCACAGGGGCUCAGGGACACCAACGUUGUAGUCAAGAUGGAGCCUGGAGAUGAUUGUAGAGCCUCCAGAGAGAGUUCUGCUGAAGAGGAGUUUCGUGAAAGUUUAAAGCUCUCUGUUACUCACCCAACUGCUGCAGGUGCCUCCAAGAGACUGGCCAGUUCAGUCAGACCGGUAUCCAGCGUUGAGGCCAACAACCCUCUGGUCACUCAGCUACUGCAGGGCAGCCUGCCCCUGGAGAAAGUUCUACCGUCACACUCUGCCAACAGGCUGGAGAUCAGCCGAUUGCCAGGACCCCAACCCAGACCACCAGUGGCAAGGACCCCAGGGCUUCGCAGUAGGCCUGAGGUCUCAGCCCAGGGUCCUAGCCCAGAACUUGGUGCGGCCUCCCAGAUCCACAACCAGUCUCCAACGGGUUGCCCAGUGUCCUGUCUGAUGGAGGCCCCAGCUCCACUGCAGUAUCAGUCCCAGCAGGCUCCCGGGGCUGUCCCAGUCAUCACCUCUCUGCCGCCCUCCUCAUCCUCCUUGUCCUUCAGAAGUAAGUCAGACCUUGGUUCUCUGACGGCGAUAGAGUCUGCAGUUAUAAAAGACUCACAUGGUCCUCAGCCCUCCCAGGGGCUUGCUCCAGACAGGCCGCAGCCGGCCCACCGAACCAUGCCUAUUGGCCCCUCUCCUCCCCAUGCAGACCCCUGUCCCACGGAGGUGUUGCCUACCAUUAAGAUCAACUGGCGGGCCUCACAUACUCAGCCCCCAAUCUCUCACCAACUGCAGCUGUCUCCUGCACCUACAGUAAAGAAUGAAGUAGGUGUGCGGCCCUAUUGCCAGGUUCUUGCCAAAUCGGUCUCCAUUAAACCCAUGAGUGUUACCAAAAAGGAGCCGGGGGGCUCUGUGGACGGCUACCUGAGCGGAGGGGCGAUGGAGGGGCUCCUUAACAUGGAGAUGACUUUUGCCAGAAUGGCAAAGAAGGAGCACAGCAAAUCUACCUACUCCUCUGGCUCGCCCUCCUCCUCCUCCCCCUCCCCCUCUGCCCUUCCCUUCCAGCUGUAUGGGAAGUUCCCCAAGCACGGUGGUGUUGGAGGAGUAAGCUACACAGCCAAUGUGUCAGUGAUGGACAAUGGCGGUUUCUCCCGGAGCAUGGCGGACAGUGUGCUCCAGCUGCGCCCCCGCUUGGCCUCCAGCCAGACCACCCUCAGCAUCCAGGCCUUUACUGACACUACAGCUGAGGAGGUGGCGCUCAAAUGCUCGUGCCGCCUAAAAGCCAUGAUCAUGUGCCAAGGCUGCGGUGCCUUCUGCCAUGACGAUUGCAUCGGGCCCUCCAAACUGUGCGUGUCAUGUCUGGUGGUGAGAUAAUAUGUUGGAGCCCCUGUCACUUCAGAACUGCUAUCUGUACAGCAUCAGCAGCAGGACUUGGAGGUUCCAGGGUGUACAGAAGCCUGAUUAGGGUAGAGCACACAUGAAGAGCCUGUCAGGCAAGAUUUGCCUUGUAUAAUAUAAGUGGUCUGUAUUUUUUUUUUUUUUUGUUGUUGCAGAUUUUCAGAUUUUUUUUUUAGCUGUACUUAUAUAUUAUUAUUGUUAUUAUAAUUAAUAUUAUUAUCAUUAUUAUUAUUGUGAAUUUGGGGCAUGGUUGAUUGUAAAUUGUGCCUUUUUUUUUGUUUUGUUUUGUUUCCUCAAAAACAUUUACCUCAUCUUAUCUCGCUCCACCUGUCAUCAUUUGGUGGGUAUCAUUGUUUUGGUCCCUCGUUUCCUCAGCAAACUGGGACCUAUUGUUGUCUCUUUGCGCAAAGAAGUAUUUUUUUAACCAUUAAAAUAAGUA